CACCCUUUUACUCUGGGAAUUCCAAUAUUCAUUUAUAUGCGGUAAAGUCUUGUUGGUAGUGCGAAUAUGAAGGGCGAUGGCAGCAGUGGAUGCGACGGCUCUUCGGCAGCAGCAGCCACAGGACCUGAGUCGCCCAAGGCCUGCUUUCAGCUGCUGUUUGGCUGGAGCCCUGUCUCUGUUGGCUCCAUACCCUCGCCUUGCAAGCUGUUGGACGCUGGGGUUGAGGUACCAUGCCACUGCUUGUAUACGUCUGCCGCAACAGAGUGCAUGCAGGCGUUAUGUGCCGCAAACAUAUGGCAAGUGCUGCUGAACACUCCAGCACGGACGGAGACAACAGCGUGUACUGGGCACGGAUUAAGUUUACGUUUCUGAGUUUCAGGCACCAACUGCAUGGCUGCUGACAAAACAUUCUCGCAUGAAGUGAAGGACUUGAAUACGAAUGCCUCUGAUGAGUAGGAUGGGGCUGGGUCGUAAAACCGGACGUGCCACGCAUGCGGCGCGACGGUUUAUUGAGGGCUUGGACAGCAAAGCAAAA